AUGUCUUUAGUGUCCACUCCCAAUGUUCUCACUAAGGAUAACAGUGAUAUGAAAUCACUCACUAGAAAUUCUUCACUAUCUUCUUUUUCUUCAAUUUAUCAAGUCAAUGGCAAGCCUUUAUCAAAAGAAGCCUUGUAUAGAUCCAAAUUGAAACAUGGUAUUUACCAAUCUCCUAAUUUUUCAGCUAAUAGGAGUGGUGUUGUAGGUAAUGCCAGUGAUGCAGCUGCAAAUGUAGCCACUUCCAGUGAUUUAGCUAUUUAUGCCUAUAAAAGGUUAUUUGUUGAUUCUAAUGCAUCUAGAGCAGCUGUUUCUGCCGUGAGUGCUACCAGGACUAAGGGCAACCGUAAUAGUGUCGAUAUUGCCGAUUCUAAAAGCGUAAACAACAAUGCGCUUUUUGAUCACGCUGUUUUGAAAACUUUCACUUCUAAAGUCUACAAGCCCCAUGAAAAACAACAAAAAAAAGUUGAUUUAUUAAAAUCUUCUGAAGACAAAGCUGUUAAAGAUACAACUACUCUUACUCAUCCAUUGUCUGGCCAAGUUAAUUUGACGAAAGUUUUAACUGGUGCUACCAAACUGGCUCAACAAAGAAUUGAAGAACGUAGUAAUCCCAGCAAGACUAUUUAUAUUAAGACAUCCACAAAUAUUACAACUUCUGCAAAAGUUAGCUUGCAAGACGAAGAAAAGUCAGGUUUAGACUUUGCCUCUUAUGCAGCAUCCAACGCGGCUGAUAACCUAUCUUCCAAAGUUUUAUCCUCCGAAGAAAAAUUGGCCAGAUCGGAACAUGAUAAAUUGUUGAAACAAUUAACAUCCAACGACGUUUUGGCUAAAGCUAAAAAUAAUGUUGAUGCUGAAAUGAAGGUGUUGGAUAAUGAAUAUUUGGAAAAACAUCCAAACUUGUAUUUAUACAGUAAUGAUGCUUUUAACAGAACUGCUGUGGAAAAAGCCACUAAAUUGGUUGAAGAGGAAAACGUUAAGACUAACAAAUUUAAGAACAAAGUUAAUCUAGGUGGUGGGUUAUACUUAUCUACCAAGGACAUUGAUAACAUUGCUGCUGGUAUUAUUACUCCUGUUUUAAAUGAAGUUUCUCUGCGUACUUUAAACCAGCGUAAUAUGGACGAAGAAAUUAAGAAAAGAACAUUUGAUUAUCAAGAACAAAUUAAGCAUUUUAAUAAAUUGCAAAGCGAAAAGGAAAUUAAUGAUCGUGUCUGGAUAAAAAACGCACAAGAAAAGCAGGAUUCUGAUUGGAAGGAGGUCAAGCAGGUUUGUACUUCUUAUGAUGAAAAAUUAGUUCAUGAUAUGGAUGCUAAGGUGACUAAAAAACAGAAACUUGUUGCCGACACUAAAUUAGAUUUAGAAACUUUGAAAACUGAACUACAAAAAAAAUUGGAUGAUAGAGCUGCUGAACAAAAAGAGGAAGUAAAAUCCUUACAAAAGCAACACAAAAAGGAAAUUAAACAAGUUAAGCAAGAAACAAACCAAAUCUUGCAACCAUUUGUUGAUGAAUUAGAAGCUGUUGAAGCUGAGUACCAAACAUUGGUUGAGAAACGUGAUGAUAUCAAUGGACAUGUUGAAGAAUUACAACAUAAUAUUGAACAACAUAAAGUAAACAUUGAAUCUUUGAACCAAAAAAUUGAAGAAACUAAUGGGAAACAUGCUGAAGAACAGGGCAAUCUGUCAAAGUUGCAGCAAACGGAUGAUGAACUGCUGGCCCAUAUUAACACAGUAAUACUGUUAGAAGCUGCCGAAGCUAAAGAAAGAGCUAGCAUUGUGGUUACUGAAGCCGAAUUGAAACAAGCCAAAAUUGAUGCUAUGAUCAAUGAAAGAAACGCUGAAAGGGUCAAGUUGGAUUUGGACUUGAAGAAGCACAAAUGGCAAUUGCUUGAAAAUUUACAAAACCUGGCUGAUAUUAGGAAUGAAGGGAAUUUGGACGAAGAUAAAGUUAGAACUUUAAUUGGUGUUACCUCAAAAGAGUUUAUUAAUAACGAAGAAGAGCGAGAUGAAGACAAAGCUUUAAAUGAGUCGAACAAGAUUGCUGAAAAGGAUGUAAAAGAGACAGCUGUUUUGAAAACCAAGUCCAAUGAAGAAGGAAAAUCUACGGUUACUGUUGAUACUAAAAAGAAGGUUGAACAUACAACUGAUACUAAAAAGAAGGUUGGAGAUACAACUGAUACUAAAAAGAAAGUUGAACAUACAACUGAUACUAAAAAGAAAGUUGAACAUACAACUGAUACUGAAAAGAAGGGUGGUUUUACAACUGGCACCAAGAAGAGAGUUGAUUUUAGUACCAACUCAGCUUCAAGCACCAAGCCCACUGCUACUUCUGGUACUAUUUCGUCUGAAAAAAAUAGUACUGGUAAAAAAUUUAAAAUACAAGGGGGUGCGUUUUAUUCAAUGGUAACUGCUGUACUAAAGGAUAAACCAAAUGCUACGCCAAAGGUCUCGUCUGCAAGCAAAAGUCCGCCAAUUAAAAGUGCUAUGAAAAAUACAACCAACCCUGUUACUGAUCAAAAAAAUAAAGAAACAGGGGGUGAUACAUCUAUUGAAGCAGCCAAAGAGGAAAAGACUGCUCCUGUUAAAGUAACUAAGGAGGAAAAGACGGUCUCCGUUGACACUGUUAAAGGGGGAAAGACUGCUCCUGUUAAAGUAACUAAGGAGGAAAAGACCACCUCUGUUGACGUAGUUGGGAAGAAAAAGGAGGAACCCCAAACUACUAAUGGUGAGAGUGAUUUCGAUUUUGAUGAAGAGUUAGCAGAUACUGACUUAUCUUUUGAGGACAAUGACGAAGGUACGCAAAAAGAAAGUUAUUUAAAAGAGGUAUUUUAG